AUGACACGCUUCUCUGGCGUCUCUUCAGGCUGCAGCGACUCUCGUCUUUGCUGGUUUUGAGCUCGAUUUUUAGCCUUAAAAAUCAGAAGUCAGAUGAGUUAAUAAUCAUGUUUGACAUGUCUUUUCUCAAAAACUUACUGAUUUCUUCAAUUUUUCAUAUUGGAAUGAUUUUUAGGCUCAACGCCAAUUCGAUCCUGGAAGAAGAUCAAAAACGGGUGCUGGCCGAGUUGGCGGCCCUGACGGAGCCCGAACUCGCCGUCCUCAACAACUCGAACCCGGAGCUCAGCGAAUUAUCGAUCGACGUCCUCAAAGCCUAUCUUUCUUUCCUGAUCCGCAACGGCAGUGAAGUAGAAUUGAGAGCAAGAAAACAUUUUUAUGAGUUAAUCUGGUCAGAACGAGCAGCUGAGCCGUCGGGUGAUCGAGCUGGCCUUCUCGAAAUACAUCAUGGGCGAGGGAAUGAACAUCGACGGAGACGGAGAAGACGAGACGGAGUUCGUCGAGUACCGCAAGGACCUCAGAAGCCUGCUCAAUGUCAUCGGAACCAAGGUGAGGGAAAACAGGAUUUUUAAAGGGGGAAAGGAUUUUUCUAGUUAUUCUAGUUGAAGUACUCUAACUUUGGCUCAUUUUAUUUAUGUUUCUAGUGAUUUUAACCUCAAGGCUUAGCUUUUAAAAAAAGGGAGUUUUUGGGAAAAAUUUCAAAGUCGCCCUUCCCCCUAUUUUUCACCUUCUGCGUUUCAACAAACCCUUCACCAAGUCAAUCAUGGGGGGUGUUGAAUCAAACGCGGGGGGCGAAUCUGUAUUUUUAAAAUGCCCCCCUUCCAUUACUUUGUAGCAGCCCCUAGAGCUUAUCCGAAAAAAAGCCCCUCUCUCAUUUCAAAAAAAAAAGGGGGAAAAUGUUUUUCUAGUCAUUCUGGUUAAAGUACUUUCAACAUUAUUUGGCUGAUUCCAUUCAUUUUUUUCAAUAUUUUUUUAAUUUCAAGGCUUAACUUUAAAAAAUAAAGUUUUUGUUCCUGAUAAUGCUCGAAAAAUACAAUUUUUUGCAUGAAAAUGAGGAAUGAUUCACAAAAAACUGUGAAAAUCGGUCUAUAGAAAUUUGGAAAAAAAAAGCUUAUUUUGAGGCUCUUUUUUUUUCGAAUAUAUAGCAGUUUCAAGAAGAAAGAAGAAGGGAAAGGAAAAUAAAACUUGGAUUAUUUUCCAGCGUCCCGAGCUCGUCCUCCUCGCACUGGAACCAUGGACCGCCAAGGCUACGGCUUCUGGCGGAGCCCAGAUUCCAAUUAAUCAAAUCGAAGCCCUUCUACAAAUCGUCUUCUCUCUCCAUGAAAUCAUCCCGGUUUGUUACAACCGCCAGCAAUUUAAUAAAAAGAGAUUUCAGAGCAACUUGCUUCAAUCUCCCAGAGAAGGGGUUUCGGAACGCGCCUGCCGACUUCCCUUGGCGAUUUUGGAAAAUUUGGUCCUGGAUGGAAGGUCGACGACUGUUCACGUCGUUUAUUUUGAGGUAGAGAUGAUGGAAAACAUUUAUGAGUUAUCUGAAAGAAAACGGGGAUUUCAAGUCAUUAACCUGCAAAAUUGAGGAAUUGUCGUAAAUUAAGGUGUCAGGUACGUAGAGGGUGUAAUUGGGGCGAAAAGUCGUAAAAUAGAUUUAAAAAAAAUUUUCUGAGCUAUCAAGUAGGAAUGGAAGUACUUUUUGUAUAAGUUAUUAGAAAGAAAAAAAAUUUAAAUUUUGAGCUUGCAAAAAUUGUGAAAGUGUCGUGAAUUAAAAUGUCAAGUACGUAGAGCGUGUAUUGGGGUAAAAAGCCGAAAAACAGACGUAAUAAAGUUUUGAGCUGGCAAAUAGGAUUGAAAAUGCUUUUUGUAAAGGCCUUUCAAUAGAAGAUGAAAAAAUUGAAUAUUGCCUGGAAAAUUCCUGGGAAAUUUAAAAAAGUGUCGUAAAGUUAGGUGUCAGGUACGUAGAGCGUGUAUUUAGGCGGAAAGUCAAAAAAUUAUUUUUUUUUUUUGAUUUUGCUCCUGCUCUCUUUGAAAAAAAAGAGGUUUGAUUAUCAGAAAAAGGCGUUUUCGAGUUUCAAAUUAAUAUAGUUCUCUUCAGUUGGCCUGCCGUUAUGAACGACUUCUCGCCCAGAAUCCCCAACCGGCCGUUCCUCUCAUUGCCGCCGCUUUCCUCGAUGAAAGGUUCAUAUUUUUGGUUUUUGAAAGGAAAAAGUCUUGUUUUCUCAAAAAGUUAUCUUUCUGAACGAAAGUUACAGUAAGCUGCCACGUUUCGAAAGCACAGAAAUAGGGGUUUAUUCGAAAAAGGCCACAAAAUACUGCAAAACGUGCAGAAACAGCAAAAACAAUGGUCUCGAAACGAUGUCUGGUCAAAUUUGAUUUAUGCACUUUUUUGUCACAAAAAAAAGAAAAGUAAGCGCGGGAUAAGCUAUAAUUCUCAGCUAGAGCAAGUUUCCAAGCAUUUGAAUUUGAAGAAAUACAAAAUUAGUUUUUUUUUUUUCAGAGGAAUCGCGAUUCCGGCGGUCAACGUCCGAACCCGUAUCGUCUACCUGUUCUGCCGUUUCGUCAAGGCUCAUAAAGUUGUCCUGAGUCCCCUGGUUUCGGAGGUAUUCGUUUUUUUGAAUCUAUUGGUUUCAGGUUUUUAUUGAAUUUUACUACCAGUUUUACCAGGGGUUUUUUUCAAAUUAUUAAUUAAAUAAAAAAAUUACAACGUAGGACCGUUGAAACCUGUAGAAAGAAGACCUGGAUUGACCCCUUAACUUUUUUUUGAUUUUCCUUAAAACAAGGUUUUUUAGAGGCGAACCAUAAUUUUUUCAAGCUUUGGGAGCUUCACAGAAAGACGAAGCUCGAAAAAUGCAGAAAAAGUGGAAAACCGAACAAAUAUCAAAAGUUCAGGUUGUGAAACGACUGGCGCCACUCUUAGCUGUCGCUCCAGAAUCGGAAAACUCCUCGGCGUUGUCCUCUGAUGACCAGGCUUACAUCUUCGAGGCCACGGCGACGUUGAUCGUUUUUGGAGAGCUUGAUGUGGAGCUCAAGGUGAGGGCGGUUGAAAAUGUUCAAAGGGAACUGUAAAGUUAGUAAAAAAAAAAAGGAGAAUUUGCGAAGCAAGAAAAAAAUAAUAAAAGUUGAGCUGAAAGUUUUUUUUUGCGACAUUUUGGUUGCUGCAAAAUGCAAAAAAAAAGUUGCAAAAAAUAUUUUUGAAAAAAGAUACAACUUUUUGAUCACUUGAUCCACCAUUCGGAACCUUUGAACAUCUUUUUGAGACAAAAAGUACCAGACUUGGGAAAUGACCGCUUCGCAAACCGCAACGUGGAGCCAAGGUCGCCCAAACGCGCUCUAUCGAGAAUCCGUGAAAACGAAAAAUGCUGUAUAUAAGCCGAGAAGUGGUUUAGGUGGUUCACGGUUGGCUUGAGCCGUCGAAAAAAUGGGCCCUGAAACGAUGAGAAAAGAGACAGUGUUUGGUUGGUGGAGAGCACAGACAGGUCACACCUCUUAGCGUCCCAAGCUAGCUGUGAAUCGACUAUAAAUCAAAAAAGUGUCGUCUAUGAUGCGCCUUCAAUUUAGCCCGAAAAAUUUAAAGGCGCAUGUACACGAGUAGGCUUUUCGUAUCGGAUAGAAGGAUUCUGUGGCUCGAGGGAAGUAGAAAAUUGAAACAAGCUUGCCUGUCGACGGAAUUUUUACAAUAGAAACCCAACUUUCAGUCCCAAUACUUUGGGGAGCUCGCCUCGACCCUCGCCAUCAAAUUCGAAGCCGCCGUGACGGAACUUUCCGUCGCCCGAUCUCAGUCGGCCAAGGAGGAAGAGCUGAAAAUUCUCCAGUUCAUGAGCAAUAUCAUAGCCUAUUGCAGGUUUUCAUUGAAAUCUCGUCCUCCAAAGAGUUUCAUUUUUAGCCGAAUGUCCAAGGCGUUCAACAACGUCCAGUCGAUGAAGUCGUGCAAUUGCGUCGACGUCUACUUGAAACUCCUCAAGGUAUCACUACUGGGAGUGUGUUGGGAGAAGACCAAGCGGUUCCUUGGAGCCAAAAGCAUUCAGAAUCCUGUAAAAAUUGACCAAGAGCCUUCAGAAACCUGUAAAUAUGGGCCAAGUGGCCACUCAAGGAGUCGCCUUGCCUCUGAAGAACUUGUAGCUGAGAAUGAUUUAAGUGGUCACUCAAGGGCUUCUUUUUAUAAAAGAAAAGAGUAUUGAUUAUUUUCGGAGGAGUUUCCGCUUAUGGAAGCAUAUCUAAGAGUCUUUCUGAAACUUCUCUAGGGGUCACUUGGUUAUGAGUGCUUCAGAGACCACUUAAAUAUUUUUUAAGUGACCACUUUAGUUCUUUUCAUGCGCAGAUAGCGCUCUUACAGCAAAUAAAUUUUCCAAAAACAUGGGAAAAAAAAUUUUAAUACUUGAAGUGGUUUCUGAGACAGUUUUCAUGCUCCUUUAACUGUCCGUUAAGCAUUUCUUUUAUUUUUGUUUUGUUGCUACUUAGGAACGCGAAAGUGGUCCCUAAAGAGGCAACCGUAGGGCACUCAGAGGUUUCCCUCUAGGGACCACUUCAACUCCUCCUAUAAGGGCCCUGAAGCUUGCAAAAGUGGUCCCUGUAGAGAAGCACAGGGACCUUAAAGUUAUAUCCCUCUAGGGAGCACUAUUUGUCCCUAUAGGGGCUGUUUUUUUCCAACCACUAUAGGGACCAUUCUGGCGCUCCGAAGUUUCAUACAACUUGGAAUGAAACAAAUAUUUUUUGUCCAAUUCUGAAAUAUUCAGUUGUUCUUGUCGAAUUUGAACGCUGCGAACGUAUUUAUUCUGGAAUCGGUCCGACAAUUUGCCCACCGACUUGUCGUUUGCCUCGAAGCCGAGCUUCUGCCCUACCUUCGCGAGAUUUUCGAGAAACUUGCCGAGGUUUCGAUCAGAAAUGAUCAAAAAAUGACACUGGAUGAUAUUUGCCAGGCAUCGACCGACUUGGACACGAUGAACCACUUAAUGAUCUUCUGCCAUCAAACUGUGGCAAAAUAUAAGGUUUUGAAGGGAAUUUGGGCGAUUUUACUGGAUUAAUGGGAAUUCAGAAGGACAUUCUGACGAGCGGGGUUGACAUCGGCAACGUUCUGGUGACGGCCGCCCGUUUUUCGAUGCAAGAACAGGAAAAUAUCGUCCCGGCCAAGGGUAAAUCCAUUUCUUGAGAAGCUUCAGUUUGAAACAAAUUUUGUGAUUUUUUGAACGAAGACCUCAAAAAUUGGGAAAUCCUGUUCAAAAUUGCUGAAGAUUUUGCCGCAUUUCUAUCAAUUUUUGCUCAAAAACAGCUUCUUAUUCGAUAUUCGGAGCGAUUUUGAGAUUUGUACAACAUUUUGAUUCUCAACCCUUUUUCCUACGUUUCAAAGCCACUAUGUAAGUGAUCAGUUUCGAAAAAAAAAUUGUUCCGUGUCCGAGCGUUUUAUUAGAAAUUAUGUAUUUUAAACUUGAAUGAAAUUAAGAAAAUGCAAAUUGUUCUGCAAAAAAAGGUCAUUUUUUGUCGAUUGCUCGCUCAAACUCCGCCCCUUCUGGGGCGAUUCACCAAUCAGAGAGCGACCCAUCUACAGGGCGUUUUCGAAUGACGUCAUUUUACUUUUAAUGAAAAAUCUAAACAGAUACUACUCUACAGAAUUUUUGGAGAAGGCAGUGCCUAUGCCGGCAUUCUGCAAAAAAAGCUUCAUGCAUUUUGCAAAUCAGUGCUUUGCAUUUUGCACUUUUUUUCGUCUGUACAAAAGUGAGCCCAAAAAGAAAUGCAAAAUGCGAAACAGCGCUAUUUCAAGCUUUUAAAGCCUCUUAACUCGAAAGAAAGAUCUAUCGCGAGACAUAUUUUUUUCGUGCGGCAAUCAGGAGGUCCUAAAGUAUAUAUCAGCAAAGUUUCAUGAGAAGUUCACUUUUUUUAAAAAUCCCCAUCUUGGAUGAAAGCUUCGCUUCCAAAUGUCAACUUUUCUUUCUCAGAUGACAGUCAAAGGGCACUCGUCUACGUUCAGCGCUCCUUCGUUCAACUUCUACACGCGGUCAUCGUCAACGACUGCUGGCCAGCCCUUCAGAAUUGUACUUUUCUCAUGAUAUCCCCGAGAUAAUUGACCUCUUCCCAGCCAACGGCCUCCUCGACGGACUCCUGGAGACGACGAUGCGACUGGCCAUGUCCGGAGACCAGACGUCGCAGAAGCUCGCCCUGGCGACGCUCGCGAGGGCGACACAGAAGUCGCCGGCCUGGUCCCAGCGAACACUGCGCGUCGCCCUCGAGGUGCCCGCCCUGCCGCACAUCACGCCGUCGGACGCCGGCAGCACAUUGGUGAUUUUCGGAGUUUUAGUGAGAGCAUAUAGUCAAAAAUUGAUGAUUAGAACGAUUGAGAGAAGCACAUUUUCUAAGAAGAUUCUUUUUUUUCAUUCUUUUUUGGGGUCCCUUGGGCGGCGAUUCCUUCUCAAAAGACGCCUAAAUCCACUCAAGUGACCACUAGAUGAUAAACAAAUAUUUGGAAACCUGACUGUGAGUCGAAAAUAAAUCGUUCGAAAAUGGAAAUAAAGUUGGAAUGAAACCGGAAAUAGAGUUUUUCUCUGCAAACUGAUCUUUAAAAAAGUACGAAACUGUUCCAGGUUGUCCACGAGGCCUGCGCGACCCUCCUGACCUUGUUCGGAAGCGAUCCGACCGGCUUUUCGCAGGCCGUUCGCGAGCUUCUGCCUUCUCCGUUCAGCGACCAGCUGAUCAACGCCUUGUCCACCCUCAAGGGAAAGAAUCUGGACAAAGAGGUAUCCAAUAACCAGAAAAAAUCAAUGAAAAGGUCGAUUUCCAGGUGAUGAACAUGUACGUCCAACUGAAAAGCCGACAGCAGCAGCAACGGCAGCAAAUUGCUUAA